CUUCAACUCAAACAAAUUUAACUUUGUAUUUAUUUCUUACUAUACGAUCAAAAAGGUAAGUGCAUUUUGAAAACAUUAGAUAACUAAUUUAAUUAUAUUUAGUCUUUUCACUGUAUAUUACAAACCUAAUUGUUACAGUUUUUUCUUCUUAUAUACUAUAAAAAGUUUGCUCUGUUGUUUAAUUUACAUCUCAUCCUCUGUUUUCGUGUUUAUUUCAUAAAUAAUUUGGAUUGAAAAUAAAACAAUAACAACUUUACAACGUUAUAAUACUAAACGUUCAUUUAUAUACUAGAAAAGAUAGGCUCAUGACAUGCUUCAAGCCCAAAUGUAUAAAUGACCCAAGACAAAUCUGAUCAUGUAAGAACGAGAUACAUUUUUUGGAAGACACUAAUUGACACAUAAAUACAAGCUUUACUUAGAGGAGGAUGCAAAAGAUACAUUAGGAUGGUGACGUGAAGAUAGGAAACUACGGGGAAACUAAUAAGAAGCUGAAUGUUGGUUGGUAAGUCAAAAAGCGAGUAGGUAUCGUUUUCAUAGACAGACUUUCCUAAUUUGGAAACCAACUUCAAUGAUAUUCCAAGUCAGUCUUGUGUCAGUACUCACCUAACAGAGAAGCUUAUUGACUAAAGCAAGACCAAAGUCAAGAGACUUAAUCAGCUAAACGGACGGCAUCUAUUUCAUUAGGAAACACUUAAUAAUUUCCACGAUGUUUCCAUGAGAUACAAGUUAUGUUGGUUGAACGUACAUUGUAUAUAACUUUACCCUUGUUGUUGUUGUACUUUAUGCAUUUUGUAGUAAACUUUAAGAAAAAAAAAAGAACAGAUCAAAGAGUGUUAGAAAUGAUGAAGAGAGGUGAACUUUGUGAAGAAGAAGAAGAAACUUUGUUUCUCUCACAUUCUCCUUCUUCUCAUAUGCAAAACUCAUGGAGCCAUUAUCACAAUCUCUUCCCUGGAGACUCUUCUUCGAGUUCGAGUAGGUUAAGUGUCCGAUCACCGUCUGAUUACUCCCUCUCUAGCUACUUCUCAAACGGACAGUGUAACGGUUCCUCUCAGUUCACGCCAACUACCAAGUAUGAUCAUGGUUUGAGUCUAUGUGAAAGUCUCCUCCAUCGUUUGAACAUCAGAGAAGAAGAAGAAGAACAAGAGUUCAACAAUUACUCUGUUCCAUCCUUCUCUCCUCGGAGAAGCUGCGUUGGAAGCUCGUCUGAUCAUCAUCAUCAAGGAAGCAGCGGUAACAAGAUCCAUCCGAGGCUUCGUGAUUUACAGGGAUAUGUUUACUUGAUGGCCAAAGAUCAGCAUGGAUGCAGAUCCUUGCAGAGGGUCCUUGAAGAUGGAUCUUCUAUAGACGCUAUGGUCAUUUUCAACGAGGUGAUUCCUCAUGUUGUUGAGCUUAUGAUAAAUCCCUUUGGGAAUUACUUGAUGCAAAAGCUAUUAGAUGUUUGUAAUGAAGAACAGAGGACAAUGAUCAUACUCAUCGUUACUCAAGAGCCAGGCCUGCUUGUCCGGAUAGCACUCAACCCUCACGGUACUCGAGUUGUCCAGAGGUUAGUGGAAUCAAUCAAAACCAAGAAGCAGAUUUCUAUAGUGACAUCAGCUUUGAGACCUGGAUUUCACAACCUGGCUAUUAAUGUGAAUGGGAAUCAUGUGAUUCAACGUUGCUUGCAGUGCCUUACUACACAAGAGAACAAGUUCAUCUUUGAAGAUGCUACUAGGUUCUGCAUCGAUAUCGCCACACAUCAACAUGGAUGCUGUGUUCUACAAAAAUGCGUUGCUUAUUCCACUGGACAGCAACGAGAGAAUCUCAUAGCCCAAAUCUCUAUAAACAGUCUCUUCCUUGCCCAACACCCUUAUGGGAACUAUGCAGUCCAAUUCGUUAUAGAAAUGAGGGAUUUUCAAGCCACUGCAAUGGUGCUUGCGAGGUUAAAAGGGCAUUAUGUAGAGCUCUCAAUGCAGAAAUUUAGUAGCCAUUUGGUGGAAAGAUGCUUAACACAUUGUGCAGAGAGCCGUCCACAGAUAGUGCUUGAACUCAUCUCUGUCCAUCGUUUUGAUCUUCUAAUUCAAGACCCCUAUGCAAAUUUUGUCAUCCAAGCUGCUCUUUCUGUCGCCGAGGGUUCACUUCAUGCCCAUCUCAUUGAAGUCAUUAGGCCUCACUCAAAUCUACGUAGAAAUCUUUAUUGCAAAGGGAUUUUCUCAAGAAAUCUCAUGAGGAAAUGAACAUCGUAAUCUAAUCUCUGGUGGUGGUGGGUUGACUGUUUAACUUCAGAAUCUGUUGUUGUUUUCUUCUUGUCCAAGUUUGUUCUAUCAAAAAACUCAAACCUACUUACUUGGUUUCUCUAAGGCAAUGUCUACUCCCAGACAUAAGACAAUGGUCUCUUGUUGUUGCUGUUAUUGUUGUUUAGUUCUUGGAACGAAAUUUUAUGUUGUGGUGGAUAUAAUGUACUAGGAUAAGAUCCGCGCCUUGCGCGAUAUUAAGUUAUUAUUUUUAUUAUAUUUUGGAGAAUGAAACAAUAGUUUGGCUUCAUUUGGAUUACGGGUGUUCAAUCCGAAUAUCGGGUUAGUUUCGGUUCGAUUCGGUUUUUUUGGUAUUUGGUUAGUAAAAUAUAACUACUAUUCUAAAUCCAUAUUUACUUUGACUUUAGUCUUUCACAUACUUUUAAAAGAUUUCAACUGGACGACUAAAUUGAUCAGUCAAUCCUAUUGCUUUAAAUCAUUAGUGUUUAUAUAUAUAUA